GCCGAAAGAAGAAUGCUCGCCCAAAGCAAGUUGAUGAGGCUCGGGACUUCUGGCGCGGAGCGCCUGGAGCCACUACGCACUACGCAUUUGAAAGUGCUCUUGAAGUGGAUCGGCUCCAGAUCUGGGACGAGUGACGCCGCCUUGGUCGUGCACACGUUCGAUAACGUUAGAAGAAGCGCCCAAGAAAAGGUGGAGGAAGUGAGGAAGUGAUUCAUUUGGCCAGUAGGCGCGGACGUGACAUCCGCCGCUAUGGAAAGCGAGAAAAGCGACAGUGACACGAGAUAUGUUCUCGGCAUCAUCGAGAACCGUGUGAAAGAGGUUGGCGUGGCUGCAUUGGAUUUAAGACGGGCUUCACUACAUCUGUCUCAGUUCAUAGAGACCAGCCGCUCCUAUCAGAAUAUUGUAACGCUGUUACAAUAUUUCGACCCAAAAGUGAUAAUAAUACCAAGCAAUAGUUCUGCGCCAGAUGGCAUGAUUGGUCUGACUGCGUUGCUCGAACGCUGCAGCAAUGCACGAAAGGUUGAACUUGUUCGGGGCUUCUUCGAUGACACGAAGGGUGCAACGAUGUUACAAAACGUUGCAGCGAAAGAAACAAGGGCGAUUUUCUCAGAGAAUUAUCACAAACAGUUCUAUCUUUGUCUUGGUGCCGCUGCAGCAGUCUUGAAGUGGAUCGAAGUUGAGCAUGGCUUUAUCAUAACCAAAAACUCGCUCCAGAUAACUUUCAACGGAUCAUUCGAUCAUAUGAGUAUUGAUGCGACAAGUAUUGAAAAUCUUGAGGUGAUCGAACCUCUUGUUCUUGACUCGAUCAAGCAGAAAAGAAAUAGAAGCAGCCUUUACAACAUGCUCAACACUACAAAGACCGUUGGCGGAGCUCGCCUCCUCAGAGCUAAUCUGUUACAGCCUUUGAAAGAUAUCGAAACAAUAACUACGCGUCUCGACUCUCUGGACGAGCUCACCAAUAAUGAGCAACUAUUCUUCGGCCUGUCAGACGUGAUUCAGAAAUUCCCCAAAGACACCGACCGCGUGCUUUGCAGCUUUUGCUUCAGGCAGAAGAAAGGCUCGGUUGAUACAACAGCUAGCACAAGAAGAAGCCAAGUUUUAGUAGCUGCGAUUAUUCUAUUGAAAGAAGCACUGGACCUACUGCCCCUUCUUUCAAAGGUUCUCCAGGAUGCCAAAAGUUCUCUGCUGUGCAAUAUUAGAGCUUCUCUUUCGUCAAAUUCGGCCUACAGUGUCCUCAAGGAAAGGAUAUCAGAAGUUAUCUCCGAUGAUGCCAUGCAUGCACGAUCUGCUUUUACCGCACGCACACAGCAGUGCUUUGCUGUAAAGUACGGGGUGGAUUGUAUGUUGGACCUCGCAAGAAAGUCGUUCUGCACGACCAGUGAAGCCAUCCACGAGCUCGGGAUCAAAUAUCAGAAAGAGUUUGAUAUGCCGAAAUUAAGGCUAGUCUACAACCAGCGACAGGGCUUUCACAUCGUUAUUUCAGAGUCGGAUCUGCAGCAGAAUUGUCUCCCAAAUGUAUUUCUCCAGGUCGUUAAAAGAGGGAAAAAUUUCUGCUGUUCAACUGACGAGUUGAUGUCGUUAAAUAGCAGAAAUCAGGAAGCUGCGGCAGAAUGCUACGUCCGGACAGAGCAAUGUUUAGAGGAUCUCAUCAAUUACAUAAGCGGGGACGUUCGCUCUCUAGCAUUACUCGCAGAGUCCUUGUCUCUGUUGGAUAUGAUGGUAAACUCGUUCGCAAAUACGAUAAUAACAAAACUGCCUGCGGUGUAUACUCGGCCCGAUUUCACAGAGAACGGUCCAAUUGCCAUUGAAGCUGGUCGGCAUCCCCUCCUAGAAAGCAUUCAGUUUGAGGAUUUCGUGCCGAAUAACACUUUCAUGUCGGAAGCUACCAACCUGGUCAUUAUCACAGGUCCAAAUAUGAGCGGAAAGAGUACACAUUUGCGGCAAGUAGCACUGAUAACGAUUAUGGCCCAUAUUGGGUGCUAUGUGCCUGCCGGCUUUGCUUCCUUCCGCAUCGUUGAUCACAUUUUCACUAGAAUCGGCACAGGCGAUAACCUCGAGCUCAACGCAAGCACAGUUACGUACAUCUCAAUCAAAUCUUGAAGAUUAUUCAGUAUUUUUAGACUUCUCUGGAGAAAUUAGCAACUUUUACAUCGAUGAGGUUAGUAGGCUAUGUUUGAUGUAUUUCGGGAUGAGACCUUCUAUAUAAAACCGAUAGCUCUUUAUUGUGGGUAAUCUCGAGAGUAGGGACCGUAUUUCGAAGAGUGUUAAAGAUAUGAUGCCAAUGGCGUAGGGGGGACCUUCACUUCCAAAGAUAUUGGAACUAUUUAGUUUCCUGUCUCGGGCAUCAGCUAAUGGAAUUCGUAACUAAAAACUUGAACAUCAUGCACGGCAAAUCAGUUCAUGACGGAAAUGAGGGAAACCUCAUUCAUUCUACAAAACAUAAGUGACAGAAGCCUGAUCCUUAUCGACGAGUUGGGGAGAGGAACUUCUACUUUGGAUGGUCUUGCUAUAGCUUGGAGUUGCAGCGAAUAUCUGCUAUCUUUGAAAGCUUACACGAUUUUUGCAACACACAUGGAAAGGCUGGCUGAAUUAUCCAGCAUAUACCCAAACGUAAAAACCUGUUACUUGUCAGUUGCUAUUACGGAUAAAAGACUUGAAUUCAAGUACGUGUUAAAGGAAGGACAUACAAGUUGUCCACACUAUGGACUUCUGCUGGCAGAAAUUUCUGGAUUUCCAGAUUCUGUGGUGGAAAAUGCUAGAAAAAUCACGGCAAAACUUCAAGAGAAG